GAGCAAUAUUCUUUACAUGCGCACAUUUGCGCAUUUUGAUUCUCCCGAUGACACCGCUAGUGGCGGGAAUAUUCACAACACGGAGACUUUCCGGAUCCUGCCUCCUCUCUUUUAACUACACGUUUCUCUGUGUUUGUUUGACUUUUGUUGUAAGUUGAAGCGUUUAUUAUCAGCUGUCAAUUUGGUGGAGUUUGGUGGUUUUAGUGCACGGUUUGGAAGCAUGUCGGACGCCUUGUCAGAGAAUGGGAGCGAGCAGAACGACAGCCAGGAGGAGUUGAUGACCCCCGUUGAGCUGAUCGCUAAACUGGAAGAAGCCUGGCUAAACGAAAAGUUUUCCCCUGACUUACUGGAGAACAAAUCAGAAGUAGUAGAGUGUGUGAUGGAGCAGCUCACCCACAUGGAAGACAACCUGCAGCGAGUGAGUAAAGGGGACAUGAAGGCCAGCGUUCACCGCAUGGAGAUCGACCGCAUCCGCUUCGUCCUCAGCAGCUACCUGCGCUCCCGCCUUCAGAAGAUUGAGAAGUUCUUCCCUCAUGUCCUCGAGAAGGAGAAGUCGAGGGCCGACGGAGACCCCUCCUACCUGUCCCCUGAGGAGUACGCCUUUGCCAGAGAAUACCUGGCUAACACAGAGACCUACCUGAAGGCCGUAGCGCUGAGACACAUGCCCCCCAACCUGCAGGCGGUGGACAUGAUGAAAGCAGUCCCUGAGCCCUGCUUGGACUCCUUUGUGUUUCUGCGCGUGAAGGAGCAGCAGGAUAACAUCAUGGUGGAGCCCGAGACAGACGAUCAAAGAGAGUAUGUGGUGGACCUUGACGUAGGUUCUCAGCAUCUGAUGCGGUACAGAACCAUCGCACCACUGGUUUCCACUGGAGCUGUGCAGUUAAUUUAAUGGACAUGGUUUUUCUUUCCUUGUGAAUAUUCCCGGCCUGAAGAACGUGUAUGAACAGCUCCUGAGGGAUAAAGUUACAGACUGAUUGAGAGCUCAGUCUCCUCCAGAUUAUCUUGAGCAAACGCAUCUGUGUAGGAUGGAUAAAGAACAUGGCAUUCAACAACAUUUAAUAACCAUAUUUUAAAGGUCACUUUUUGCGUUUGGCUUUUAUCACGAAAUAACUUGAAAUUUGUUUAUUUAAUGUAUUGCGUAAUGGCGAGCUGCGUCACACCACUGGAGGGUAGGGUGACUGUUGCAUCUCUGAGUGCAGUACGUGCAAAGAAGCACACAGCCAGAUAAUUUUGAUUGUAGGAUCCUUACUGUCCCUAUCGCAACCAAUGACGAUUACCAGAUAGGUAGACCAACUUUCCUGCUCAAUCUCUGUAUAUUUAAUUGCACUUUUGCAAACUAACUCCAUUGUAACAAUUGUGAAUGGUUAAUUAUUCGUUGUUAAACUGGCAUUUCUUUAAAUCAGUCUCUAUGUGAGCCUCCAUUUCAUAACAGUUGGGAUGCGUGCAGUCGUUACUUCAUCACAAAAUGUGCUACGAGAAUAUAAUUAACCUCAAAUUGAAUUUGCAAAGUGACUGGAAGGGAGGCUACAAGCCCACCUCGGUAUUUAUAGCUGAACUCUGUCAUGCAACAACACAGAUCACCUUGCAGUGUCAAGUGAGGGUCUUGGCGUAAGGGAACCAGGACCUCAAACUAUACCGGGUUCCCCUAUCUUCAGAGCGGCUUAAUUAGUGAGCGGUGCUUUUGAAAACAGACCAGGGAUGGAUUACCUCCCAGCGGCCCUGAAGCCCAAGCCUCCGUGCUACCAAUUCAAUAUUGUCUCUACAACAUGUUACCUACUGAUAUCUUAAUGGGGCCCGAAAGCCAUCUAACAUUGGUUAUAUUAUGUCAUUUGUCUCAAUAGGGCCACCAAUCAUGUCAUCAAUUCAUGAAUAGGGUUAGAAAUGUAAUAUAGGGCCCUGAAACACUGGUUAUGUUAGUCACUCUUGGUAUCUGAAAGGGGCCCCUCAAUCAAAUUGCAUGGGAUUUGAUAUGUCAUGUCUUGGGGGGGCUCCUCAACCACAGGUUAUGUUGUCAAUCAAAUAACGUGGGGUAUUAAAUGUCACGCCCCCCUUUAUCUGCUUCAUCAGUCUGCUGUCCGCAGAUGCCCCUGUUUCCGACGAUGCAGCGCAAUCAUACUGGACAGAUUUAUGGGGUCCUCGUGUGGUGGGGGGGGGGCCCUUUUCUCAGCGCCUGGGCAUAAUCCGUUGCUGACAGAGGCGCCCGACAGGGGUACACAGGAGGAUUGCCCCCCCCCCCUCCGCAACAGAGGACUGAAAACAGCGCUAUCAUUAGGAGAGUGGCCAAGAGGCUGAAUGCUUGGACGGAGGCCAGGAAGUCAGUAAUACCAAGGGUCAGACCACAGAUGUUUGAAAGUCUGGGACCUGUGAAAUGCCACCAGCACCCAAAGGAAACGUCCUUUAAGAGCUUUCAGGGUCUCUAUUCUCUGCCUGUUCUGAAACAACAUGGUAUUGAAUGAGGACAUCUGUUUUCGGAGUAUACAAAGAAAUAUGUUCUAUAUUCAAGCAAAACUGAAUAAAAAGGUAGUUAUCUA